UAACGUACAGCGGAAGUUGAGAAGGAGCGGGUCCGUCAUCGUGUGCCCUCUUGUAUCCAGCUAAUGUGCUGCCUUUGACAUGCCAACUGCGAUCCGGUUGACUUUCCCGAGACCAUUCUCCUAUUAUUAGCAUAUUUAUUCAGCGCUGCACAUGGCCACAUCGUGUUUACUGUUUGGGGCUGAUACUGCUCCUCAUGAUUUUCCAUCCUCAGGCGCCCGUUGACGAGCGUCGACCCCAACGGGCCUGCCCUCGUCGUCGUCGGCCUUCGUUUCUCGGUCCGGGCUCGAGACUGAGACUGAGACCGGCGAGCAAGUCUCCCAUUCUGCCUCCUCCUCGUCAUCUCAUCAUGACGAGGAGGAGGACCGUCGACCAUCUCUCCAAGUCGCUUUGCUUUGCGCAUCGACGAAUCCGAGCGCGCGCGCGGCGAAUCGCCUGCGAGGUGUCAUCCCUCGUGUUGUCCUGCCCUGCCAUGCCAUGCCGCCAUAGCAUCAUUCACCGUCAGUCAGUCGGCGACCGCGACGCGACGACGUAAGGGAUCCUCUUGUCGGCGACGCGGGCUAACUUCGGGAUUCUGGAAUGGGGAUUAGGGAUGGGGAUGGAGAGGGCGUGAUUGUCCUUCGCCUACUGAAGCUCCGCGACCAAGAGAGCGACUUGUGGUGCAAGGGACUCGUUUCUUGGGCGUGAAUCAAAUCAGUGCCCUCCCUCUGGACCUCUCCCUCUCUCUGGAUGAACUCUGUCCCGAGUGACUUCUUCCGACCCUUGUGUGAGAGUGCCACCCCGCAACCCAUCGCGAGAAGAUGAACGCCGUUGGUUGGUGUGUUGGAGAAUCAGGCAUUGGAGGAAGGAAACAUUCCUGCGAGACAGAAGAAUGAAUGAUGACUUGUGGAGUAGAGUGUUCUCACUCUCAGCUUAGGCGAUGAAACCCUUGAGCACAAGAAAUCAUGUGAGACUCAUUUCGAUCGAUCGAGUUCGAACUUCUGGUGAAGAAGACAAGCACAUAUCGAUACUAAUCUAGGAGCCCUACGAUUUUGUGCCAACGGAUGAACGUGCUCAGUAUUUUGAAUCUUGUCGUGGAUGAUGGACCGAACCGUGGCGAUUACAGGACGAGUGAUAGGUACCUGGAGACCCGGAGAGAAGAGAUGCUUUGACCGUGUACUUGUGAACGAUAUCCUUCGGUCUGCAGAAAACUGUCACUCCGGUGAGUAUUGCAACCUCGCCUCGGCUGGCUGGCUGGCUGUCUUCUACCUUCAGGUUAGACUUGAAGUAACACGAGUGGGAACGUAAGACCAUCACCAGUGGCGGCGUCGGAAAUUCGGCACCAGCAGAGAGUGUCGUCGGCCAACGAACGCCCUGGAGAGACAACUCAGCUCAUGAAAGAGAGCAGACGCAGCUCUCAUGCUCAUGCAAAUGAUGGAGUGGAUGUCCCAACAUCGCCCUCCCGCCCCUUCUCCUCUCUCUGUGUUCACCUGGUCCCAGUCAACAUGUCUGCUCCUUGCUCCCUUCCCUCAUUUCACCCUAAAAUCGUGAAUUCGUUCAUUGGUGUUCAGAGAUCUUUCAUUCCACAGGCCUCGGUGUAAGAUACUCGAUGUUGUUUUCAUCAG